ACUGUAUAACCGCGACGACGAGCCAUCGAUCACGAUAAUGAAUCAAUUAACGACAUCGCACCAACCAUCAGAAAACGAAGAUACUAUCAACGUUAUAGAGAAAAGUGCGAUGUCAAGUGCAGGGAUCAAGGGUGCUUCCGCGAGUCAAAAACUUAAAAAUCUGAACAACCAUUCAGGACGGAACUCAGUUCAUGGAGAGACUACGAGCAAUACCACGGAAGAUGCUUCUAUAAAUAAUAAAUCGCAGACCAAUACCGUUCGACGUCCAGGAAAAUCAUCAAUCAGCCCAACUAUGCAUAAGAGGCCUACGACUAAUCUGCCUGCCGGGUCUACACUUAGGCCCGAAAAUCAAUACGCGAUGAAGAAGAAACGUUAUUUACUGUUGAAGAAAGAAUUGACAGAUAAGCAGAAAGCCGCGCAAGAACUCUACACCGAGUUGUCUCAACUACGCGAGAAGCUGCUCACCACUGGCGCAAGAGAUCCAGGAAAACCGGAAAUUCUAAAGCUCGAGAUUGGACCUCCUAAGGCCUCCUUUCCAACAGAACAGAUUUGUAAUGAAUCGGUGGACACCCACAUAGAAAAGCUUUCUGCUGGAAACGAGUUGUUAGAAUGUUUGGAAGAUCGGUUGCGUGAGAUCCCGCAGAGAUUGAGGACCAUCUGUAAAGAGUUAUUGGAUAAACAGUCGAAUUUCACCAGUUUCAUCACCUCUCAUCUGAUCGAAGCCAGCGAGAAUACAGAGGCGAAUCCCGAAGAAGUGACGAUACAAUUGGAGGUACACCAGAGGGAUUACGAUAGUAUUAGAUCACGUUUAAACGAGAUUCAAGAGUUGGAGGAGAAAUCGAUCGCAGAGCUCAGGAACAACGUGCAGAACAUGAUCGAUGAAUAUGAGCAUUCCAGAUCGAAGUUAAAGGAAUUAAACACGAUAGAAGCUCAGAAGGAGUUGCAAGUACAUUUGAAUGCGGCAAUGGAGGAGCUUCAAGCGGAAAAAGACAAGAAUAAUCAAGGGAAGGAUCGUCUUCGACAAACUGAGACACAUUUGCAGAAGGCGCGUACGAAAAUCAGAGAUUUGGAAACGAGUAUGGCUGCGGAUAAGGAUAAGAUACAACAACUUCAAUGCAAUGUGAAGAGUCUAGAAGGCCAGAUGAAGCAGAAGGAUAUGGCAAUAGAUGCUAGAUUAAAGGAUAUGCAAAAGACGAUGAAAAACAGUGAGGAUUUGGUUUCCAAGGUGGAAAAACAGAGGGAUAGUUUUGAAGCAAGAUUAGUGGAACUGAAAGAGAAAAUGAACAGUAAAGAAAACGAGUCGAUGAGUACUAUCAAGGAGAUGUCUGAGAGAUUGAAAGCGAUCACUGCUGAUCUUGGCGUUGAAAAAGAGAAAAGGCAGCAAGUAGAAGAUGCAUUCGUCGAAUUAGAUGAAAGGUAUAGAAAUCUCGAAGAGAAGAGCAAACAACUAUGUGAGCUUGCGGAGAAAAAUAAAGAUAUUACUAUCACAGAAGGUAAUCAUACAGAGAACGAAGUACGCUUGUUCAACGAAUUGCAACAAACCAGGAAUGAACUAGAAGCUGAGAGACAAACAAAAUUGCAGCUGCAACAGGAGAAAGAGGAGAUCAUUGCAGUGAUGCAUCAAGCGGCCUGUCGCGAGGAGGAUGAAGACUCGAGGGAAAAGUUGGCUGCCGAAUUGGUGUUCAAAUCCAACGAAUUACAAAAGCUGAUGAUGCAGUACACAGGACUGAAAAAGGUUGCAAAAAAUGCCCAAGAAAAAAAUGGGAUGUUAGAAAGACAAUUGAUGGAAAUUCAAGAGCGGCUGCAUUCUCAGUCCAUGGAGGGUGGAAAAGCUGGGUUGAGCGCUCACGCGAUUGAGCUUCAACAACAGGUCUCUGAUCUUCGCAAUAAUUUAGCAGAAAUAAUUCGACAAAAGGAAGAGUUAGAAACUGCGCUCACUCAAAAGCAAUUAGAAUUGGAACAACGCGAUCGUGUGAUGCGUGAACAGAGCAAGUUCCUUAAAGUCAGAGAUGAGUUGCUUGAUAUUUUGAAAGGAAAAGUACAGCAAGAAAACGGAGAAUUGUCGAAUAGUGAUGAAAACAAUGAAUAUCUCGAACAGAUCCACAAACAGAUAGCUGCCAAGACUGAAGCAAUCCAAGAAUUAUACACAACUUUAGAGAAUAAGCAAUUGCAAAUCAUGCGUUUAGAGAAGAUGGUGAAGUUGAUGGAGGAUCAUCAAGAUCGAGCCCAGGCUCAACGCACGCGUUUAGAAAAUCGUAUUGCUCAACUUGAGCUAGCCCUACAAAGGAAUAAGGAACAGCGGGGUAAGGGCUUCGGCAUCCUGUAAGGAACUUUCUAAUCACCGACGCGGUAAAUGUCUCCAUGAAUUUCGAUCACAAACAAAGAGAUUAUUUUGUGUUAUUAAGCCUUUGGUAAGCGGUA